CGAGAACCCUAGGCCCGCUUGUUUUUCUAUUUGAACGCACACAUCCCCCGUUUCCACGAUACUAAGAAAGGCCCAUAUAUUCUGCCAUUCGCACUUCGUAAGUCCCACUAUGCCUGAAGAAGUUAUCCUCGAGGAAGAUCCAAACCGUAUAUUCAAGGACCUCUUUUCCGGUACCGUCGGUGGUAUCGCCCAGGUGUUGUCCGGCCAGCCGUUCGACACCACCAAGGUGAGAUUGCAGUCUGCACCUGAAGGCACAUACAAGGGGCCGAUGGAUGUGGUGCGCCAGUUGAUCAAAAACGAAGGUGUUUCCGGGUUUUACAAGGGCUCUUUGACUCCCUUGGUUGGUGUCGGUGCGUGUGUAUCCAUCCAGUUUGCUGUCAACCAGUACAUGAAGCGUUUUUUCGGCAACCUCAACCAAAAGAGUGGGUUAGCUGCCUUGACCACGCCCCAGCAGUACUUAUCGGGUUGCGCCGCUGGGUUUGCGAACGGUUUUUUGGUCUCGCCAAUUGAACACAUCAGAAUCAGAUUACAGACUCAGACCGGUACCGCAGCCUCCGCUGCUGCCGCGGGUCUUCCGUUCUACCAUGGUCCAAUAGACUGCAUCAAGAAGUUGGCCCAGGUGAACGGGGUCAAGUCUGUCAUGAGGGGGUUGGGCCCGACUUUGGUCAGAGAGACCCACGGUGCUGGUGCGUACUUUUCCACCUAUGAAACCUUGGUUGCCAGAGAUAUGAGGAAUAAUAAGUUGGCCAGAGCUGACAUUCCGAGCUACCGAUUGUGUGGGUACGGUGCAUGUGCCGGCUAUGCCAUGUGGUUGACCGUCUACCCGGUAGAUGUUAUCAAGUCCAGGUUCCAGACGGACAACAUUGCCAAACCGGUCUACUCCAACUCCAUUGCCUGUGCCAAGGCCAUUUUCAGGAGCUACGGGAUCCAGGGCUUUUUCAAGGGUUUCGUUCCAACCAUUUUGAGAGCUGCCCCGGCCAACGCCGCCACCUUCUGUGCCUUUGAAAUGACCAUGCGUGCCAUCGGUUAACCGUACAUUAUUUAAUUAGAAAACUUAAUAUAGAGCGCAGCAAACUGUGGUAGACUUGGAGACGCGAGGACUCGCUGUUUUUGAAUAAGCAGAAUUCAAAUACAGAUAAAAGCUUUGGUUUAUAGAAAUUCAAUAUCAAAC